CACGGUCUGCCGAGCCCCCGGGGAUUCCUGUGGAUGGAGCGGCCGAGGCACCAGGGGAUGGCGAAAAACACGUACAUGCGCUGGCGGCUCCCACUUGUCUGCCUCCUCUGGGAGGUGGCCAUGAUUGUCCUCUUCGGGGUCUUCGUGCGCUUCAACCCCGAAGCUGAUGCGCACUGGGAGGAAGAGAAGCGAGAGAUGAACCUAACUAGCGACAUAGAGAACGAUUUCUACUUCCGAUACCCAUCUUUCCAGGACGUCCACGUGAUGAUAUUUGUGGGCUUUGGCUUCCUCAUGACGUUCCUCAAGCGUUAUGGAUUCGGAGCCGUGGGUUUCAAUUUCCUCCUUGCUGCCUUUGGGAUCCAGUGGGCUCUCCUGAUGCAAGGCUGGUUCCACUCUUUCAAGAGCGGGAAGAUCCUCAUUGGAGUGGAGAACCUGAUCAAUGCUGAUUUCUGCGUGGGCUCUGUGUGCAUUGCCUUUGGGGCCAUCCUGGGCAAAACCAGCCCCAUACAGCUUCUCAUCAUGACUUUGUUUCAAGUCACACUCUUCGCGGUGAACGAGUACAUCCUCCUCAACCUGCUUCAUGUUAAGGACGCGGGUGGCUCCAUGACCAUUCACACCUUCGGAGCCUACUUUGGCCUCACAGUGACACGCAUCCUAUACAGACCCAACCUGGAGCAGAGCAAGGACAAGCAGGGCUCUGUGUACCACUCCGACCUCUUUGCUAUGAUCGGUACCCUGUAUCUAUGGAUGUACUGGCCCAGUUUUAACUCAGCAAUUUCUGACCAUGGGGAUGCCCAGCACCGGGCUGCCAUUAACACAUACUGCUCACUGGCUGCUUGUGUCCUCACCACAAUGGCCUUCUCCAGCAUGCUGCAGAAGAAAGGCAAGCUUGACAUGGUACACAUCCAGAAUGCAACGCUGGCGGGUGGCGUGGCCGUGGGCACCAGUGCGGAGAUGAUGCUGACUCCAUACGGCUCCCUCAUUGUUGGGUUCAUCUGUGGCAUCGUGUCCACGGUGGGGUAUGUCUACCUCACGCCUUUUUUGGAGUCCAGGUUGCACAUCCAGGACACGUGCGGCAUCCACAACCUCCACGCCAUGCCGGGCCUUAUUGGGGGCAUUGUGGGGGCCAUCACUGCUGCUGCAGCCACAGAGGAUGUGUAUGGAAAGGAAGGGCUCAUCAAGGUGUUUGACUUCACUGGCACGUACCAGACACGGACACCCAGUGUCCAAGGAGGGUUCCAGGCGGCUGGCAUUGUGGUGUCUCUGUUGAUCGCUUUUGCCGGAGGAGCCCUUGUGG